AUGGUCUUUUUGGGUCUAGAAAAAGAAGAAAAAAAACAAAGAAAGAUUUGAGAAUUUUUGUGAAAGGCAUGUGGUUUAGGGUGGACAUAUGUGGUUUAGGGUGGACAUGUGGCUAAUUAAGGAGGAAGGGAAGAAAAGUUUAGCAAAAGAAAGAAAAGAAGAGGGGAAAGCAACGAAGAUGAAGAGGAUGAACAGAGGAGAGGGAGAGCAGGGUUUUGACAAAAAAUUCUGAGGAUUAGAGGCCGGGAAUCCUGUAUUUGAAGGUCAGACAGAAAUUGGAGCGGUGAAUGACCUGGUUUCAAGGAUUUGCUAUACUUGAGCUUUUGAGUUUUAGGAGGAAAGUAGAUCAGUUUCUGCCAUCCAGAAUAGUUCAAGAGUUGCAUGACAUUCUGUAUGCAAGCAAUUGUUUGUAUAAAAUUUCACGGCAUUUUGAAACACAGUAGAGUUAGUAGUGAUCUGAUGAUUAGGCCCAGGCCCAGUAAAGGGCGUGCCGCUUCCUCUUUAUAAGGCUCAAACCAGCAAAGAUGGGGAACAUCAACUUCAAGCCACUGCAACCCAAGUUUGUUAGCCAACGUAUAAUGGGUGAGUUUGCAAGUUUCAGAUUUUUGUGUGUCGUGAUCGCGAUUCUUGUUUUAGGCAGAGCUUGUUUGGGGUAUGGAGGAGGUGAGAGCGGGUGGGGAUUUAACAAUCAACAAUAUCAUUGCCCAUAUUGGCGGGGAUGCGGAAGCUUCAUUGAGGCCGUUGGAGGAGGGACUGGGGGAGGUACUGGUAGUAUUGGUAUUGGAAUUGGCUCCAACGUCAGCGCCGGCACCGGCGUCCGUGUUGGGCCUGGUGGACUAGGAUUUGACCCCAACUUCGGCGUUGGCAUCGGCUCCGGUGCUAGGGCUGCUGGUGUCAGCGCCGGUAUUGGGAUGGGUGGAGGAGAAAUUCGCAAUGGCCGCGGAUACUACGACGACGACAACGAAGGGGAGGACGCGCACAGUGAGGGGAAUGGAGGAGGACAAGCCACGGGAAACCAUGGAGCUGAUGAAUGCAUUCAUCAUCUAGCUAAAACUACAACUAAAAUCACUUCAAAUACUCAACCUUAGACACGCUAUGCCCACUGUCACUCGUUGUUUAAGUCUUUAAUAUAUACAACACAUGGAGGUGAGAAUUAAAACUCUCAAUCUCAUAGUUAGAUACAUGUACUUUAAUUCGUUGUUAGUUUUACAGUUAGAUACAUGUACUUUAAUUCGUUGUUAGUUUUACCUAUAUAUAUAUAUUAUUACUAUAUAUGUAUUAAUCUAUUGAGCUGUGUUUUGGUUAA